AUGGUGGAUUCUGACUCAAAAUAUCUCCGUGAAGCAAUCCCAUAUAUAUUAGGAUCAGUUGGAACAUUGGCGUUUGAUGUGACCAUAUUUUUACAGUGGUGCGCUUGGAGAGACCCUGAACGUCGAAAAUCAAUUAGAAAUUCUGUUAUUGAGAGAGGAUAUCGACGAAUAUCAUUGGACGGUGAUAGUUCCAGGACUAUUGGUAGCGAUUUCAAGUACAUAGUGGCCAUGAUUAAUCACGGAGGAGAG